AUGGAAUUAUCUUCUGCUCAGCUUACUGCACUCCAACGUGCUCAGUCCAUCUUACAUGAUGUUGGGCUGUCUCCUCAUGAUCUCGAUGAUCACUCGCAAGCUUCAAGAUCUCCAUCAUCAUCAUCUUACUCUUCCCCAGCUGCACCUACUACACCUCUCCCAUUGUCUGCUCCAGAUCCAUGCUCUGCUAUUCUUGCAGCCCAAUAUAUCCCACCUCCUGCACGAUCCUUCACGCCAGAUGAAAUCUCUGCUGGUGCCAUCAUUGAGUAUCCUCAAACCGGCUCGUCAAAGGACAAUGUGAUUGCCCAUAUCUUUACCCUUGCUCGUGACACACACACAACAGAGUUUGACCUUCCGCAAUUCAACUUCCAGUACUCACUCGGUGAUGGUCAUGGUGGUCUGAAGGGUGUCCAAUGUUACCUGCUCCAUGAUAAUGCGGGUCAGCCAGUGCGCUGUAAAAAGCUCUCAACAUCAUGUAAAGGACUCAAAACUUGCUCCGCACGGUUGGAUGGUUUUUUCAAUACUAUCCACUCUUAUAUGAAUCGCUCGCAUGUUUCAGAACUCAUUGCUCCCCCAUUCCUUCCAUUUGAGGACAAUGCAAAACACGAAAGCAUGGCUGUGCAUUUAUGGCCAGUCCGGAACAAUGAACAAGGUGCUGCGCAGCACUCAUUGCCAGGUGCUGAUACCUGUCGAGGUAAACUUGUGAUGCAAGUUGACAAAUUCAACUGGCACUACAUCCAAUGUCAGUUGCGCUCACGAGAUGAUCUGUCCCACCUGAUUCUCUGCAACCUGCAAGAGUUCGAUACUGGCUACCUGCAGGCCCUCCUUGAUGAUGAUAAAGUAGUCAUUGCGUCUCAUGAACAAGAUGUGAGAGAUAAUGGAUAUGGCCCACUCAUUCCUUGUCAUUUUGUUGCCUCCCUGUCUCAGCAAAAACAACUUUGCCCACAUUGGCAUCAAUCCAAUGACGGAACAUUGGCACGUGGAGCGUUACUUAAAUGGGAGCACCGUUGUACUGCAAAAUUUGAUAUCUAUGUACCUGAGGACUUACCUGCAUGCCCCCAAGUUGCUGUUGUUUGUCGUAACCCCCAUUCACACCCACCACCGGCACCCAUCAAAACUCCGCCUCUGCUUGUUGAUCUUUUUCAGACUCUUCUACUAGAUAUGGACUGGCAGCUUGCUGAUGCAACUCCACGUCGGAUUGUUUUGGACUCGGGCUUCAUGAGAGGACUUUGUAUAGCAUUAGGAUGGGUAGCAGACCGAAGCCCUUGUCUUUCCGAUAUUCAUCCAUUGCUUGCCAACCUUGAUCAUGUCCGGCGUCUAAUCAAUGUUUUCCACUUCGAAAAGUAUCCCCUUGGUACUGGUUUUGAAGGUGCAAGGCUCCUAGUGGAUGAAGAAAACAAACAGUCGCGAGAACAACGCUAUGAAUUUGAGAUUGAAGCAUGGGAUAGCGAACAUAUGCGAUCUGUGAUGGGUGCAAGAGCUUUCACAACAUCUCAAAGUGCCCAAGCACACUUAAUUCUCUUCCGGCAUAUUUUUGAGAUUGCUGAAGAAGAUACAGGACUAUCGGUGUCCUUCCAACACAUUCACGGCACAGGGUAUGAGUCUGUUGUUGCCGACGGACACAUGGGGCAGGGACUAGGUCUCGGGAUGUUCUGCGUCGAACUCUGUAAGAAUAAUAACACGUUCUGUGUUUACGAAAAACAAUGUCUGCUCCAUGACCUGGAUCCAUAUGCUCACUUGCGUCGUUUCUACCGUGUUUGUGUCACUCACUUCAAGCGCAAUGUUCAGGCACUCCGAACCUAUGUGUCAAGUGAGGUAUAUUCUGCAAUGUUGAGUUUAGCAUCUUCGGAGCCACAUCCGGACAUCAACAAGACACUAGCAACCAUCUGCGGCGGUGGGAGGAAAGCUCAAGCUUGGUUGAAGGAUAAAUUAGAAACAAAUAAAUUUGUGCUUGCUGCAAUAUACCGCCCAGCGAGCCUAAUACCCGAAGUCAUUUGGAGAGCCUGUCCAUCGACUACAAACGGCAAUGAGCAAGCCCAUCACAGUGCAAAUCGUGAUGGUGUUAAUCUCACCCUUCUUGGUGGCAUCAUGCGGGGUCGCGACUUUGAUGAGCGUGCUGCACAAAGUAUGGAAGUCCAUACAUCCUUGGGUAUCAACACCCGCGAUCAAGAUGCUACACAUGUCCGCCGUGCCACAAGAUCUAUUGUUCGACAAGUUGCAAUCGCUAAGGAUGCACCUUCAAGACCGAGCAAUGCCACGCACAUCUUGAUCUCGGCAUCAGAAAACCAAAAUAUGGCACUGCCAUCACUGCAUGCAGGCCUUGUUCAAUAUGCACUGUGCCCAUCGCAUACGCUCGAGUCUGCAAUGCAAUCCGACGUGACUGGAACACCAGAAAUUUGGCCAAGAUGGACAGCUACAACACUCCCACUGCCACCACCACAAUAUCAUGCUGAGGGCAAGCUUCCGCUGAGUCAUUUCAGCACCCUCACAGGCGCACUCGAUGACAGUAAGCCUAGUAAUGUUACUUUAAUCACUGUCUCGUCAAGAAGGGCACGUACCAUAGCACCACUGCCCUCAACAUACAUCAGCACACUCCAGUAUGCGUUGACACCUGGUGCGAACAUUGUUGACUACUGGCCAUCACCAAAAGUCAUCAGCAACUCAAACACAGACACGUGUAAGAGCAACCCACCAGCAUCCGAGGGGCACCGCAUCCGGAUUCCACUAUCACAGUUCAGCACCCUAACUGGAGCUCUCGAGGAAGGAUGGGUAUCUUGA